AUGAUUAAACAACAGCAACCACAACAACUUAAGGCACAGACCAUUACAUACGCCAUAUAUGCAUAUAAUUCAAAGACGGCAGAACAAACGCAAAUGUUGAAAUAUGGAGAUUUGGAGAUAGUAUUGAAAAAUGACCAUUUCGAAUUCGUUUGCAAAGGUGGUGCAGUGAUAUCAAAUAUAAAAGAAAUUUUAUUUAUGAAUUCAAAAAUUAAAGGAAUAACGGAUGAUAUAACAUCAAUUCCACCAGAAGAACAAAGAUAUUACGCAUUAAAUGCAUUUCCUAAAGUUUUGAAGAUUGGAAGAUUUAAUUUAAAUGAGGAAUUCAUAGAAGGUUUCCUAAAUGACAUAAUGAAGAAGGUAGAUAAGGAAUAUGUGGAUAGUGAGUUAAUGAAGAAGGCAGAUAAGGGACUUGUGGCUAGUGCAUUAAUGAAGAAGGCAGAUAAGGGACUUGUGGAUAGUGAGUUAAUGAAGAAGGCAGAUAAGGAAUAUGUUAAUGAAAAAGAUAAUGAAAUUAUCGAAAGGGUUGAAUGGUACCAUGAACGGACAUCGAAGAUUUUAAAAACUAAAGCUGAUACAGGAUGGGUUUCAGAAUGUUUAGACCUUAAAGCAGAUAAAACUUAUGUUAACGAUGAGUUAGAGAAGAAAGCAAAUAAAGAAUAUGUGAAUGAAAUAUACCAAAGUUUGAUAGGAACAACUAAAAAUAUUGAAACUAUUGCUGGUGACUUUUCCGUCUAUGAAGAAAAUAAAUAUUUUAGAGGGCAAUUGGUACAUUCCUUAAAAAAUGGUAUACGGUAUAAACUCAUUCCGAAAAAUAACAAUGAAAUGUAUGUAAGUUAUAAAAAGAAUGAUGACACACAAGUUAAAGUUCCAUUAGACAACAACUGUUACUUAAACUUAUAUGGAGACGAACAAAAGAAAUAUUUAAGAGUUUAUGAAAUGACGGAUAUGACAUUGUCUAAC